GUCUGAAGAGUGGUUGUCUGAAAAUUACAGAUUUAUUUCUAAAGGUGUCAGUCAUGCGUUCUCCUAUAAUACAAUUGAUUACCACAUUUUCCGUCACUGCUUAAUUAUGUAUGCGCGAAAAUGUUUCAAUGUUUUCUAAUCAAAAUAGUAUAGAUAAGACAGAUACACAGUAAAGCAGACAAUCAUGACAGGACAAAAACUAUUUAACGCAGUAACUGUCAUCCUGGCCGGCCUGAUUAGCAUGACGAAUGGGCAGUUUGGUACAAGACAUUCAUCACACCACGGAAUGGACGGGGAUGUCCGGUGUAUAUACUGUACGCCAGGAACUUGUGAUAACGUGACGGGCACGUGUGGAAAGUGCUUAGAUGGCUUCUUCGGGGAAAAUUGUAAACAGACUUGUCCCAACACAUGUUUGUCUUGUGACAAAACAGACGGCAAGUGCGAAUUUUGUGUCAAUGGCUGGUUUGGUGAGAAAUGUGAGCAGGAAUGUCAACAGUGUGAUACAUGUAAUAAAGCCACUGGAGCUUGUACCUCCUGUUUGUCAAAUAAAUGGGGAGAAAAAUGUCAAAAUCUGUGUGAAGAUGGCUGCCAGAGAUGUGAGGUCCUGACGGGGAAAUGCCAGGUUUGCGCAAGUGGGUUUUAUGGCGAACGAUGCAAUCUUAAGUGCAAUAUAUGCAGACAAGGCUUGUGCGAUCGACAAAGUGGAAAAUGCUUAUAUGGCUGCAAUGACGGACGUCACGGGGAAAAAUGUGAAAAGGAAUGCUCUAAAAACUGUCGAGUAUGUAACCAAGAUGAUGGAUCAUGUUUAAUGUGUGAUCCUCCACUUUGGGGAAAUUACUGUGACACCAAAUGCCCCACUAAUUGUGAUUAUUGUGAUAUUACUACGGGAGAUUGUCUAGAGUGUAACCCAGGUUUUUAUGGUAAAAACUGCACGAAUGACUGUAACAACUGUUUGGAUGGAUUUUGCGAGAAAGAUACGGGAUACUGCCAAGGUUCAUGUCUUGAUGGAUGGUUUGGUGCCAAGUGUGACAAGAAAUGUCUGAAGAAUUGUCGACGCUGUGCUGCUGCAGAGAAAUGUAUGCUUUGUAAUAAAGGAUUAGCUGGUGAACAAUGUGAUAUUAAGUGUCCAGCACGAUGUCCAACGUGUGCAACCGAUAUUCUCACAGGCGAUAUUAUGUGUAUGGAAUGUAACGGAGAGUUCAAAAUACCAGAAAAGAACUGUUCUUGUACGAGUAAAAAAUGCAUAAAAUUAAAAGAAAACAGUGUCGGGGGAUUCACAUGUGGAGAGUGUGCUAAAGGUUGGUAUUUGAGAGGAGGAACAUGCUGUCCAUGUCAUCGUUGUGCAGGAGGAAACCAAUUUUGCGAUGCAGGUGGCAAUUGUAAGAAUGGGUGCGAACCGAAAUAUUUCCCAGCAACUGAAGGUUGUGACCAGUAUUGCGACAUUCCUCACUGUACUUGGUGUGAAUCGUUCUAUGGACAUGGCAAAAUAUGUAAGGGUUGUGACCCUGGGCACUUUCUAAAGAAUGAUGGAUGCGAGCCCUGUAGUUCUUAUUGUAAGGGUGGUUCAUUGCGGUGUGAUCAGAAAACAGGGGUUUGUCUUGAUGGUUGUGAAACAGGAGGGUAUGGCGACAGAUGUGACUCUUUGUGCCCCGAUAAGCACUGUCCUCUACCUGUUUGUGACAUUCAAAAUUGUGAUGUUUGUGAAAAGUCCACAGACUCCGCCGCGCGAUGCUUAAAAUGCAAAACUGGAUAUCAUGUUUGGAAGGACAAUUGCAAGGCGUGCAGUCCUAACUGUUUAGGAGACGUUUGUGACGAAGUUACUGGUACAUGUACUAAAGGAUGCAAGCCCGGUUGGAAAAAGGGAUUAUGUAAUGUAAAGAGUAAGAAGAAAAUAAACCCAAGAGUCAAGAUUUGUAGAGGAAAUUGCUUUACCUGCGAUGCUAUGACUGGUGAAUGUGCAACUUGUGCAGCAGGGUCUUGGGGAUCACGAUGCAACAAAAUAUGCCCUGAAAAUUGCAGAACUUGUGACAUAAAGACUGGCAAGUGUGUUGUCUUAUGUAGCAGAUAUUGCAAGCAAACAGGCAAUGAGUUGUCUCCUUGUGAUAGCUUUACCGGCGAGUGCUUGAACGGCUGUGUGGAUGGCUGGGUAGGAAAAAGAUGUCGCUACAGGUGUGCUGGAAAUGGAAAGUGCAUAAUUACAAGGAAGCCCUUGCUGGAAACAAUGACUACAUGUACAUGUAUACAGUACAUGUUUCUGUAACUCGCAUGUACUUUGAUCAACUCACUUUAACAAGUGACAGUAGAUCAUGUAAUUUUUAAAACUUUUUUUUAUCAUACAGUUCAUGCCACAUGCCUGUACUGCGAACCCAAAACAUGCGACAACACGACAGGCGUUUGUGAGAGAUGCCUGAUAGGCUUCUAUGGUGAAAAGUGUGAGAACACAUGCCCGAAUACGUGCUCCACAUGUGAAAAAUCCAACGGGCGAUGUUUGACAUGCAUUGAUGGAUGGUUUGGUGAAAAUUGCAAUUUUGAAUGUAUUCACUGUUUUUCAUGUCACAAAGACUCUGGAGCAUGUACAUCAUGUCAGCCAAACUACUGGGGACCCCAGUGUCAGAAUGAAUGCGAAUACAAUUGUCACGUAUGUAGCAUAGAAAAUGGUCAGUGUAUUCAUUGUGCUCAGGGAUAUUUUGGAGAAGGGUGUACUAAUCAGUGUGGCCAUUGCCGCCGGGGUUUGUGUGACCGAGCCACUGGAACCUGUCAGUUUGGGUGUAACGAUGGUUUUCAUGGAGACUCCUGUGAAAAAACAUGCCCUCAGAACUGCAUGGUGUGUAACCAAACCGAUGGCGAGUGUUUGAUGUGCCAACCGAAUCUCUGGGGACGACAGUGUGAUUACACCUGUCCUACCAACUGCGACUUUUGUCAUGUAUCUACAGGCGAGUGUUUGGAGUGUGUAGAGGGAUACCAUGGAGAUAAAUGCCAGGAACAGUGUGGACAUUGUAUAGGUCUAGCUUGUGAAAAGGAUACAGGAUUUUGUGACUAUGGCUGUGAAGAUGGAUGGUUUGGGGGAAAAUGUGAUCAAAAAUGCAUUCAAAACUGUUCAAAAUGUACAUCUAAAGACGAAUGCAUGGUAUGUAUUCCCGGGUUAGCCGGGAGUAGAUGUGAUAUCAAAUGUCCUGAAAUUUGUUCCUCUUGUUCCCAAGAUAUGAUAUCUAACGAAAUUGUUUGUAGUGAAUGUGCUGCAGGAUAUAGCCAACCUCAGAAAAACUGUUCUUGUACAAUGUCCAAAUGCACUAAACCAAUGCUGACAUGGGCGGGAAGCUAUUGUGAUGAGUGUGAAGCUAACUCCGGGUGGUAUUUAUCACAAGGUGCCUGUUGUCCAUGCAAACAUUGUGCCGGUGGUAACCAGUUUUGUUCUAGUGAUGGAACCUGCAUUAAUGGCUGUGAACCUAACUACUAUCCAAAAGAUCAGGGAUGCGAUACUUUUUGCGAUUUGGAACACUGUAUCUGGUGUGAGCCCUUCUUUGGGUAUGGAAAAGUGUGUGUAGGGUGCGAGAGUGGAUACUUUCUGGAUAAGGAUGGUUAUUGUUAUUCUUGUAGUGAGCACUGCAAAGGAGGAUCAGAAAAAUGUCACACGACAACAGGUUCCUGUACGGAUGGUUGUGAAGAGGGAUGGUUUGGAGAUCGAUGCGAUUCCACCUGUCAUGAUGAACACUGUGCAGAGUGUGAUAAUACUGCAAACACGUGUCAGUCAUGCAAAGAUGGUUAUUAUGGUAAAUAUUGUUCGAAAACUUGUGCGACAAACUGUACAAAAUGUUCCAGAGAUACAGGAUCUUGUCUAGAGUGUGCUACAGGACGAUUUUCAGAGGAUUGUACAAAGACCUGUGAUAACUGUGUAAAGGAUGAGUGCGAUGUAUCCGGGAAAUGUCUACACGGCUGCAAGGAGGGAUGGUUUGGAAUGAAGUGUAACGAAAUGUGUAUGGAAGGAUGUUCAAAGUGUAGCUCUUUUGAAAUAUGUGAGGAGUGUUAUAAUGAAGCCGCCUUGUUAAAUGGAAAAUGUUAUAGCUCCUGUAGCAGAUGUAUUCAUAGUAGAUGUAGCGAAAAUGGUGAAUGUGAGUUAGGCUGUGUUGACGGAUGGUAUGGAAAGAAAUGUGAUCUUCCAUGUCCUAUUGAGUGUUCAAAGUGUAACUCCAGUGAUUCCUGUAUCUCUUGCUUACGUGGGUUUAAAUGGGAAGGAAAAAGAUGUAAAUCUACCUGUGAAAAUUGCAAAAACCAGCUCUGUUCAAGCGAUGGGGUCUGUGAUAAUGGCUGUAAUGAAGGCUGGUUUGGUAAAAAAUGUAUUGAGGAAUGUGUAAAAAGUUGUAUAUCGUGCGCAGAUGGUCACAACUGUGAAAAAUGCUUAAGUGGUUAUCAAUUAUCUGGGAACAAGUGCAUUGCUGGAUGUGAUUUCUGUCUUGAAGAAGAUUGUGACGUACAAAGAAACUGUCAUUUAGGUUGCAAAGACGGUCAUUUUGGUCCACAAUGUACUGGAUCAUGCAUGAAAGGUUGCCAAGUUUGCGACUCUGUUGAAAAAUGCACUAAAUGCUCUCCAGGAUUUCAAAUGGUCAAUAACUACUGCAAAGCAUCAUGUGCAAAUUGUGCAGACCGAUCGUGCAACACAGAUGAAGUGUGUUUAUCUGGCUGUGUAAAUGGUUGGUUUGGAAAUCGAUGUAACCAGAAAUGUGCACAAAAUUGUGCUUCUUGCAACUCAGAAGUUUGCUUGAAAUGCGAUACUGGAUAUGACCUUAAGGAUGGACAAUGCAGUAAGAAUUGUGAAAACUGUACCUCUUGUGGUGAAAAUUGCAUUUCAUGUAAACCAGGAUCAAACUCUAACGUUCAUUUUUGUACGAAAUGUAAGGAUGGUUAUUACAUUAGAUAUGGUGUGUGUCAGAAGUGCAGCAGUACAUGCAAGAAUAACGCCUGUGAAGGAACUACUGCACAGUGUUUAGACGGUUGUGUGGAGGGCUGGACAGGCUUACUGUGCAAUACUCCAAAGGAUGGCACAAAAAUACCAACCACAGAUUGCUUAGGAUCAUGUUUGACAUGCAAUCCAGCAACAAAACAAUGCACUUCCUGCAUUGCAGGAAUGUGGGGCAUAAACUGUGAGAAAAGAUGCCCCUCUAAAUGUGACACUUGUGACCAGCAAACAGGACAUUGCAUGGUUGUAUGCAGUAAAUAUUGUAGUAGGAAUGUUAAUUCAAUUUCAUGUAACAAUGUCACCGGGGCGUGUCUUCAGGGUUGUGAGGAUGGGUGGUACGGUGAUCAGUGCCAAAACAGGUGCCCCCCGAAUUGUAUAGAUGGUGUGUGUGAACGAACCCAGGGACAUUGUGUAACAGGCUGUGUACCGGGCUGGAAAGGAAUCACAUGUAGCGAUUCCAGUAAGACGACCGCUAUACCCAGCAUGGGAAUGAUUGCGGGGGCAGUAAUAGCAGCCAUAGUUGGAGUGGCUAUCAUCGUUUUAAUUACGUAUUUUUUCUGCUGCAGGAAAAAGAAGAGAGUUGAAAAGGAGGACGAUACUUACACUAGUAGUUCCUACCCUCCGUAUACAAAUAAUGGCUUUAUUUUAGAUUCUGUGAUGUAAAUUGGCUUAAUGUCUUUGUAAUAAUAAUUUUACUAUUUGUAUUUAUUGUUUUUAUUUACAUUUUUAGUAAAUUGUCUGGAAUUUAGUGUGAAUAAAUUAAAUGCUAACAUGUGUGCAGUAUGGUGGCUAACUUGAAUAACUU